CACGAGUUCACUACCUUAUCAAGCAUACUAGGUGCUUGCAGUCGAAGAGGGAUGAGUCAUCGACGCCUCCUUUUCUGUUCGCCAAACUUACGAGGUUGACCGCACAGGUAGGGCGAAACAGUUGGACGCUGUCCACCAUGAGGCAGCAGUCCUCUUCGAUGAGUCGCCCUGAUAUGACGCGGCAACAUUCACAUUGAUGUAGACUGAGAGACCUCUCAAAGGCUCCUUAGGUCAAACCCGCUUAGACCAAUUAGGCAACGUCGAGGCUUGCUUAUUUUCGAUCUAUCGACUCAUAGACAGCCCACUUUCCAGCGUGCGCGGUCGCUCCCAUGGCGUCCCCGCGGGCCCCUUCAGCAGCGGCGCGCCGACUAGGGCUGCACAGAUCUCACUGGAUUGAUCCACGACGCCCCGUCGUGUGCUGCGUUUUGGUGAUUGCCGCGCUACAUAGCAGUCUGGCAUUAGUAGACGGCGAGGGGUACCGAGAGGGCCUAGGACAGUUGCAGCGUGAGAGAGGGACGUUACCGGCGCGGGUGUUAACGGCGCGGCAGCAGCAGCAGCAGCAGCAGCAGGGUGGUGGCAGCGUGACGCAGUUGUAUCUUCUGCCCGACAACCCGUACGGCGCCAAGUGCCUGGACGGCAGCCCCCCGGGGUACUACCACAGGCUGGGCUAUGCGGCGGGCAGCGUGGCGUGGCACAUCCACUUGCCGGGCGGCGGGUGGUGCACGUCCGUGGCGGGGUGCGUGCACCGCGCGCAGACGGACCACGGCAGCACGCGCUCGCGCCCCAGAUUCAUCGCGCGGGGCAACGACAGGGACGAGGGCAGCGCGUCCCCGGCGCGCGGAAUCAACUCUCCCGACCCCAGCGUGAACCCGGUCUUCCACAACUGGCACCUCGUGCGCCCCAUCUACUGCGACGGCGGGGGCUUCGCGGGGCGCGCUGGGUGGCGGGCAGCGCCUGGUGGUGGCAGCGCGGGGAACGGGACGGCGGGGGUGUACCUGGACGGGUGGAAGAUCAUCCACGCCGUGCUCAACGACUUGAAGCAGAAAAGGGGCAUGGCGCGGGCAGCCAGCAUUUUAUUGACAGGCAGCUCAGCGGGCGGGCAGGCGGUGAUAACGCUGUGCGACCGCGUGGCGCUCAUUUUCCCGGGUGCCACCGUCAAGUGCAUUCUGGACGCUGGCUUCUUCGUUGAUGCGGAGGACCGUUGGCAUGGGAGCACAAUGGGCAGCAUGGUUCACAGCAUGGUGGCGCUGCAUGCCAUGCGCCUCAACCUGCACUGCACACAAGCCUAUCCACCAGCCGACCAGUGGCGGUGUUUCUUUGCACACCGCUCUCUGCGCUUCGUGUCAGCACCCCUGCUGGUCGUCAACUCGCUCUUUGACUAUCGUGCACUCACCAUCGGCAACCAGCUGCGCCCCACUGCCACCCAGGGCACUGACUGCCUGCGCUCACUGCUCAAGCAGUCAGGCGGCGACAUCAAGACGAUGCUCUGGAGUAAGGAGUGGAGGUUGUGGGGAGCAGUGGGGAAAGUAGGGGCCGGGGGGGAAAUGGCUGGGGGAGGAAGGAAUGCAUGCCAGCCGGCAGAGAGGAGGGCGGUGCUGAACGCUGCAUGGAGAUUGCUGCGAGGCACAGAUGCCGCGAGGAGGAAGAAAGGGACGCAGAUAAGCAACUUCGUGACAGUGGCUGUGGCUCACUGCUCGCUCACAAGCCCCAAAUGGACUGCUGUCACUGUGAAUGGAACAAACUUGAGGGAUGCAGUCACCAGAUGGUGGUUCACCAAGGCGCGCAAGGUUACACCAGCUACUGUCGGUGGUAACGCCAGCUACAGCCACGUUGGCACUGCAGGGAAGAAGGGGUCCAGCAAGAGCGGGGGAGGCUCAAGAGCAGCAACGCAGAGGUACUCUCCAAAGAUGACGCUGCAACGGACUGGCUCUAGAAGAAGGGAAAGACCGAAACAAGCAGCAGAUAUGCACGUGAGAGACGAUUUGACACAGAGGAGUCGGCAGAAAAGUAAUACCACUGCAUUGGCUGUUCCACGUACGCCCUCAAGCACGAGGACAGGACGUGCCACAGGUACUCAUUCUCCUGAAAGUGGCUCGGGAGGCAAUGACUCCCUUGGGGAUUCUUUAACUGACUGGUUUAACUCUUGACCUUUACAAUGGGUAUCGUACUUACCCAUAGAAACGCCUCUUACCCCAACCAGGUUAUUCAAGAGGCAGUAUCUUGUACAUGGGUCACGACUUUAUAAGGCCCAGGGACUAAUCUAUUGUGACGUGGAAUAUUUUACAUGAACCAGUACUCUACUGGUGUUACA